AUGGCACGGACGGGCAGCGGGAAAACGGCUGCGUUUCUGCUUCCGCUUUUUGAGAAAUUACAGGCUCAUAUGGCAACAGGACCCCGUGCUCUUAUUAUUAGUCCGACGAGAGAGUUGGCUCUUCAGACAUUGAAGUUUACCAAGGAGCUGGGUAAAUUUACUGGAUUGUGUGCCGCGGUUAUCCUCGGUGGCGACAAAAUCGUAGCCACUCCUGGACGACUUUUGCAUGUGGUGAUGGAAAUGAACUUCAAUAUGAAAACAAUCCAAUACGUGGUGUUUGACGAAGGAGAUCGAUUGUUCGAGCUUGGAUUUGCGGAACAGCUCACAGAAACGCUGAAUCGUUUACCUCGCGAUCGUCAAACACUUAUAUUCUCCGCGACGCUACCAGGAAAUUUAGUUGAAUUUGCUCGCGCUGGUCUCUGUGAUCCGAUCCUACUUGCUCACAUCAGCUGCCUUCCAGAUCAGAAGAACCCGUNGCUGAAAAACGUCAUUCCCGCCAAACAACAGGUGGCUGUUUUCUUCGCUACCAAACAUCAUGUGGAGUUUUUCUAUAUGGUAAGUACAAUUGUAAUAGUCCUGUGA